AUGAGGCUUAGCCUGAAAAUCAUAAUCAUUCCUCCAGUAAGGUCUUCCGCCUUCUUCCUAGAAGUAUCCAGAAAUUCCUGGAAAUACGGCGGCCGAAUUGCGCCAUCGGAGCGGAGGUUUUGGAAAAAUAUGGCUGGGUUGCAGCGAUCGGCGGUGUCGUUCAGGAGGCAAGGAUCGUCUGGAUCGGUAUGGGACGACAAAUCGAGAGGAGCAGAUCCAGCGGCGGACGCGGUUACCGUGCCGGAAAAGUGGCGCCGGCGGUUGAACCGCCGUCUCCGAAGGUUUCGGCGUGCUGUUUCGGCGGCGGUUUCCGGAAAAGUAAUACGACGCGCCGGCGGCCGCCUAAGUCGGCGAAGCGCGUGGUGUGAGCGGUUUUUGUUGAAUCAUGAUCUGUGCUUCCUCGUUCCUUCUCCAGCGUUUGGAAACAGGAUUCGGUGCGUGCUGGUGCAAUACACCGCUUUGUGCGCCAUUGCUGGACCUGAGCUUCCGACCGACCGGGUUGACCGGAGCAGUUCGACGGCAGCUUCCGUUUUCAACAUCGAUGAUUUCGGCGCGAAAGGAGAUGGCCUCAGCGACGACACCAAGAGCUUCCAAGCGGUUUGGAAGACAGCCUGUUCUUCCUCAAGGAGUGUCAAAAUCGUAAUUCCUGCCAGGAAAUCCUAUCUUAUUAAACCAACCGACUUCGCCGGUCCCUGUAAAUCAAAAGUAACCUUGAGGGUUUCGGGACUUAUCCGUGCGCCACAAGAUCCAGCCGUCUGGGAAGGUCGAAACAUUCAUAAAUGGCUCUAUUUUCAUGGAGUGAACAACCUCAAAGUCGACGGAGGGGGAACGAUCAACGGGAUGGGGAAGGAUUGGUGGGAUCGCUCGUGCAAGAUCAACAACACCAAUCCUUGCACGUCUUCCCCGACGGCUGUGACGUUCCAUCGAUGCCGGAAUUUGAAAGUCCGGAACAUUACUAUAACUGACGCGCAACGAAUGCACAUUGCGUUUACGACCUGCACGCGUGUCGUGGUUUCAAAGGUCGGCAUUGUAGCUCCCGGCGAUAGUCCGAACACUGACGGGAUCCACAUAAGCGCAUCGAAGAACGUCAAAGUCGAGAAUGUCUUCAUCGCCACAGGCGACGACUGCAUAUCCAUUGUUAGCAAUUCUUCGAAAAUUCGAAUCAAGAACGCCGCCUGCGGACCGGGGCAUGGUAUUAGCAUCGGAAGCUUAGGAAAGAACAGUUCGUGCGAUUCUGUGGAGGAUGUUGUCGUAAACGGAUCUUUUUUCUUCAACACGGAGAAUGGCGCCAGGAUCAAAACAUGGCAGGGCGGCAGUGGAUCGGUGAAGAAGAUUACGUUCGAGAAUUUAUGGAUGAAGAACGUCGCAAAUCCCAUUAUCAUCGAUCAAUAUUACUGCGAUCGUCGCGGGACUUGUCCUAACCAGACCUCGGCUGUAAGAAUCGAUGACGUAUCGUUCAAGGGCAUCAGAGGGACUUCGGGAACUGAGAAAGCGAUAACGCUAGCGUGCAGCGACAGCUGUCCGUGUCGACGGCUGCAUCUCGAGGAUAUCGAUCUUGCGGCCGAGUCUGAUGAAGCCAUAAAGUCCUUCUGCUGGGAAGCAUUCGGGACGAGCUCCGGCUUUGUCUAUCCGACGUCGUGCCUUUCGUCCGGAGACGUCAUCAUGCAACCCGUGAGACAGUCGACAGUCUCCGGCUUCAGCUCUGGUUUCGACUCUGACUCUGCUCUCUUAUGAGAGGCAAUCCAUUUAUUCCUGGUAUUCUUUUGCAACAUUAAGGUUUUUUUUUUUCAAUUUUUUCAUAUGUGAUUUAUAGAAAUAUAUUAAA